AUGGAAGAGUUCCCUCUUGAAAUUGUCUGUGAUCCUCCAGUGUGCCCAAUUGGUUGUAAAGCUCAAGCAAGGUACAAUGGGCCUUGUCUUAGAUGCAGCUGUAAGAAAGAUGAAACUAAUGACGAUCGGUUUAGAAAAGUAAUAUGUGACAGUCCAAGAUGUCCUCCGGAUUGCUUUCUCGAUUUUGUAUAUGGUGGACCGUGUCUAGGAUGCGACUGCAAGAAAGGAGUUUCUGAAGAUCCAUCAAGAAAAGUAAUAUGUGAGGCUCUCGAAUGUCCCCUUGGUUGCCAAAUACAGCAAGUGUAUGAAGGUCCUUGUCCAGGAUGUGAUUGCAAGGAAGAUGGUUGUGCUGAUAUUCGAGGGAAAAACUUGCAAUGUCCUCACCGGGAUUCCAAUUCAGUAUCUCCCGAAUACGUAUCGGAUAUGCUUCCAGUGUCACGAAUAUGUUUCUAGUUACACCAUGAAAGCACGCGAAAAGGAGGAA